UGAUCUUCUAUCAUCAAAUUACAUUGAGAGGCACAUAUCAGAGGAGGGGAAGUCAGUUGUCAACAAAGGUGGAGAACACUGUUACUACCAUGGGAAAGUACGUGAUAUUCCAAAGUCAUAUGUGGCGCUUUCAACUUGCCAUGGAUUACAUGGGAUGUUCUUUGAUGGGAACCACACAUACAUGAUUGAACCAGGAGGAGAGAAUACUACAAGUGAGGAGGUUCAUGUGCACAUGAUUUAUCAGUCUCCUGGUUUGGACCCCCCAGAGGACUUCAUUUCUGCAGAUCACCUGGCACAGUCACCGUUCCAGAACCCUCCACUGUCUAGUGCCGCCCACAGGAGGAAAAGGAGACAGAUAUUGCGAAAUCCACGGAGUGUUUCAGAUGAGACCAAAUAUAUAGAGCUGAUGGUCAUAAAUGAUCAUUUAAUGUACAAGAAACAUCGCCUUUCCGUUGGACAAACGAAUAACUACGCCAAAUCUGUUGUAAAUAUGGCUGAUCUGUACUUCAAAGAGCAACUCAACACUAGAAUUGUCUUGGUUGCGAUGGAAACAUGGGCUGCAGACAACAGAUUUAACAUCAAUGACGAUCCCAUGGUGACAUUACGAGAGUUUAUGAAGUACCGAAGAGACUUUAUUAAAGAAAAGUGUGACUCCGUUCACCUUUUCUCAGGCAACCGUUUCCAUAGCAACUGGGGAGGAGCCUCAUAUAUGGGCGGAGUCUGCUCACUCACUAAAGGAGGCGGAGUCAAUGAGUAUGGAAAGACCGAAGAAAUGGCCAUAGCUCUCGCCCAGUCACUAGGACAAAAUAUCGGCAUAUUUUCUGAUAAGAAACGCAUUUUAAAUGGGGAGUGCAAGUGUGAAGAUAAAUGGUCUGGCUGCAUAAUGGAUGAUGUUGGCUUCUACUUACCCAAGAGAUUUUCUGACUGUAACGUGGAAGAGUAUCAUGAUUUCCUGAACAGUGGAGGUGGUGCGUGUCUCUUCAACAAACCUUCAAAGCUCUUGGAUCCUCCAGAGUGUGGAAAUGGUUUUGUGGAGGCAGGAGAGGAGUGUGAUUGUGGAAGCCCAGCCGAGUGUGCUAGAGAAGGGGAGAACUGCUGCAAGAAAUGUAUGUUGACUCAGGGAGCCAAAUGCAGUGAUGGUCUCUGUUGUAAGAACUGUCAGCUGGAGUUUAUGGGUGUACUUUGUCGUGACGCUGUCAGUGAUUGUGACAUACCUGAAAUGUGCACUGGGAACUCUAGCCAGUGUCCUCCAAACCUGCACAAGAUGGAUGGGUACACAUGUGAGAAAGACCAAGGAAGAUGUUUCAAUGGCAGGUGCAAAACCAAGGAUAGACAGUGCAAAUACCUCUGGGGAGAGAAAGCAACAUCGGCUGAUAAGUUUUGCUAUGAGAAACUCAACAUUGAAGGCACAGAGAAGGGCAACUGUGGGCGUGACAGAGACACCUGGAUUCAGUGCAAAAAACAGGAUGUACACUGUGGAUACCUGCUGUGCUCCAACAUUUCUCCUGCACCCAGACUAGGAGAGUUACAGGGAGGUUUGACUUCUUUCUCUGUGGCCCAGCACAGCGCCUCACUGGACUGCAGUGGAGGCCAUGUGCUGAUUGAUGGCAACACUGAUUUGGGAUACGUAGAGGAUGGAACGGCGUGUGGGACGGAUCGCAUCUGCUUUAAUCACAAAUGCCUCCUAGUGCAGGAAUUCAACUUCAGCACGUGCCCCGGCACCAACGAAAGGGUGAUCUGCUCCGGACAUGGGGUGUGCAGUAAUGAGCUCAGGUGUGUGUGUGACCUGGGCUGGGCAGGUGAGGACUGUAACUCCACCUCUCCUCUGAGUUACCUGCUGGUGCGACCCACAGCCAAAACACCAGGCACCAUCACUACUAACAUCAUCAUUGGGGCCAUUGCAGGCUCUAUCCUGGUCCUUGCACUGAUUCUUGGCAUUUCUGCAUGGGGAUACAAGAGCUACAGACAGCGUCAGUAUGUUGAGUCAGACGUACACAGAAGAUUCUGUCGUCAAAUGCCUCCUGGUGAUUACGUGAAGAAGCCUGGAGAUGCUGAUUCUCUGUACAGUGAUAUGCCGCAGGGCGUGAGCUCAAACUCCGGCAGCAGCUCCAAGAAGAGGUCUGCCUACCUGUCUCACCUCCAAAUCAACACCUGCUCUUUCACCCCAUCUAUCCCUUCCAUCAGCCAAAACAUCUCUCUGUUCGGCUUCAGAUCUAAUGGUCUGUCUCACUCCUGGAGUGAAAGAAUCCCAGAUGCCAAGCACAUUUCUGACGUCUGUGAAAAUGGACGACCCAGGAGCAACUCAUGGCAAGGAAACAUCACAGGUACCCGUAAGAAGCUCAAGGGAAAGAAGUUCCGUCCACGCUCCAACUCCACAGAGACACUGUCACCCGCCAAAUCGCCCACUUCUUCAACGGGCUCCAUAGCCUCCAGCCGGAGAUACCCCUACCCCAUGCCUCCCCUUCCAGAUGAGGAGAGGAAGGCCAACAGACAGAGUGCCAGGCUGUGGGAAACGUCAAUAUAAAAGAACUCCUCGAAACUGGUCUGCAAAACUCCGUAAGGAUUUUCCUCCACUUUUGUAUGAAUGAGAAAAUGAAAUAAGGAAUUCAAAUGGAGAAACAAGGGACGAGUGAAUGGAAGAGUUGGGCGUGGUCUCCUCUGAUCUCUGUUCAGCAUUUGUGGCAUGGAACCGUCUCACCCUGGACGUUGAGGAGCGUGGUAUCAGAUUCCCAUUCCUGCUGUCAUUCAUAAACAGGACUCAGGAACACGAUUUCAUCACGAGAAAAAAACCCGGAAUGGCAGCCGUGCUAAGCAGAAACAGAAACAACAGCAGCCAUUCCUGCCCUCGUUAAACCCCGCCCCCUCUUGUGACCCCACACAUGCCCUGCCCCGCCUCCAAACACAUGCUGUCCUGUGAUUGGUCCCCUUGUUGCCUCGGUGCAAGAAGCUCAUGCAGGAGCAGGAAGUUAACUAUUGUUUUGAGCACACGCUGUCACUGUAGAACCUACUGCUGUAUGCAUGAGAACACAUGUUUAUCGAUUCCUUGUAGUGUAACGAUGUACAAAUGUUUUAAGAUCUUUCACUCAAGGGUGCCGCAUGUAUUGAAGGACAGCUUCAUAGGCUGGUAAGAUUCAAUCCCAUUUGAAACUCGCACGUCCACUUCACCAGAACAUCACCCGGGCCCGUUCAUGCAGUCAUCUCUUCUCAGAGAAUUUUGUACAUACAGUAUGUCAUAUAAUUCAGAGUGAAAUGUGAGAGUGUAGUAUUUUUCGUUUUAAUGUUUGGUUGUGCAGAGCGUGGUGGAACUUCUCUUCUGCUUUAGAGUGUCUGUCCUGUGAUCGUCUUCCUAAAUUUACAGAAUCCAUCACAAGCCUAGCACACGCUACAAGGCAGAAGCGCCAUUUCAUGAUUUCUGCAUCAGUCCCAGAUCAUAGCAGUACGUCACGAUCACUGACACUUUUGUAAUGUCCAAAAUCUUCUACUUCAAAUUGAGUAGUUAAAGGAGUUAAGAUCAAUUUUAAAGUUGUGACAAACGGAAAUAGCUACAGAUAUUUUUUUCCUCUGUGAUGUAUAUCUUGAGUGUAACUGAUUAUUGAAAAAGAUAAACUGUAGGACAGGGACCUGCUUCCAUCUGUAGGUUUUUGAUUGAUGGAGGCAGAUCUGAAUGCCAGGCUGCAGAAGAAGGUGGUCGCUGCAGAGCUUGACAUCCAGCUCCCAUUCUCUGGAUGUAAUGGGUGGCGCUUUAAGGUCUAACCACACCCUAAAUAACCAUAACCCUAUCCCUGAACAUAACUAGGUUCAGAAACGUCGUCCAGCUCCACCCAUUCGAUUCAUUUGGUGACUGCAAGACAGAGGUGGGGUUUAAGUGGACUAAAUGAUUGGAGAAGUCUGACAUACAUCA